UUCAAGGCGCUAAACUAAAGCUAAAGUAACGAAAAUUGGUGAAAAUCUUUUAUUUUUAAGGGUCAUUUAUAUUGUUUGUUGGUUGAUUUGGUUAACAGAUAUGAAAAGUUGUGAACUUAUCUGUUUGAAAAAUUCUCACGAUCCUAUUGAACUACCGGAUGGCGAAGCUGUUAUGAUUGGCAGAAGUCCUGCCACAAAAAUAAAAGAUGCAAGAUGCUCGAGACAUCAAGUUCAGUUGACAGCUAAUUUGAAGAAACAAGAAGUUGAUGUUAAACAGUUAGGAAGUAAUUCCUGUACCAUUGAUCAAACUAAACUGGCUAAAGGUGAAAGUGCCAAAUUAAAAGCUGGGUCAACCUUGUUUAUUCUAAAUGAAGAAUAUCCGCAUACAAUUAAAUUUAAUUUUCAUGACAUUAAAAAGAAAGAUGUUGAUAAAACUGAAGGAUCUUGUCACAACAACUCUCAUAAGAGACCGAGCUCUGAAAGUUUAGAAUCAAUAGGAACAGAAAAUACUAAAAGGCUGAAAACCGAUGAAAAUAAUGGAACAGAUAUAUAUUUAUCGAAAACUAAAAUAUCAACAAAGGUUUCUAAUUUACUACAGACAAAAAUAGAUGAAUUGAAAAAUGCCAAAGCUGAAGGCAAAACUAUGACACCGAAAUUAAAUGAGAAAAUUACAAAGCAUUCCAAAAACGAUGGAAUAGGUUUAAAAGAUUCAAAACAAUCUAAACCAAACGAUAAAAACUUGAAACAUUCAAACAAAGAUGACAAAUCUAUUCAAGAAUUCAAAUCUGAUGAGAAAAACAAAAAGAAAGAUGCUGAAAUCAAGAAUAUAGAAAAUAUAUCAGAGGUAGAGUCCAGUAAUGGCGCUAAAGAAGAUGAGAAAAACAAUAAAGAAAAAAAUAACAAUUUAUCAACUGACCAAGAAAGUGAAGAAUCUCAUCUGAAAAGUGUUGCAGACAAAUUACAAAAAAUGAAAGAAAACAAAAGUAAUACAGUACCAACUUCCACAGAUGCAGCAAGUGAUUCACCACCCGUGCCUAACAAACCAAAAAUUGAAUUUAAAUUUUUUACCAAAAAAUCAUCACAUUCUAUAUCAAGUCAUUUAUUAUGGAAACAACAUGACAAGCUAUAUAUCUAUACACCAGAUGGUGUUGAGGGAAGAGAAAAGAUUGCUGGGUUUGAUAUAGAUGGAACAAUCAUUACAACACAGUCAGGCAAAGUUUUUCCUACUCAUCCAGGUGACUGGAAGUUACAUUAUGUAGAAAUACCUAAGAAGAUAAAAGAACUUUAUCAAGAUGGGUACAAAAUUGUUUUAUUUACAAAUCAGAUGGGUGUAGCUAGAGGUAAAGUUAAGAUGGAUGAUCUCAAAGAAAAAUUUUCUAGUAUAGUAACCAGACUUAACGUUCCAAUUCAGGUUUUGGUAGCAACUGGUACUGGUAUGUAUAGAAAACCUUGUACUGGAAUGUGGGAUUAUUUAAAAACUCAGGGUAAUGAUGGUGUGAAGAUUGAAAGUAGAGACAGUUUUUAUGUUGGUGAUGCAGCGGGUAGACCUGAUAAAUGGAAUCCUGGUAAAAGAAAAGACUUUUCUUGUAGUGAUCGUUUGUUUGCUAUAAAUAUUGGUGUUGUGUUCCAUACUCCAGAAGAAUUUUUUUUGAAAAAGCAUGUAGCAAGAUUUUCUCUUCCAGAUUUUGAUCCAAGAAAUUUAUCAGAAGAAGAUCCCUUAACAGCUCCACCUGGCGGACAAAUUACAUCUAAAAAACAAGAGGUGGUUGUAUUGACUGGCUAUCCUGCAUCCGGGAAGUCAUUUUUUGCAAAAACAUAUUUGAUACCUAAAGGUUAUGUACAUGUUAAUAGAGAUACAUUAGGAACGUGGCAGAAAUGUGUGAGUUUAUGUACUAAGUCUUUAGAAAGUGGUAAAAGUGUUGUUGUUGAUAAUACAAAUCCAGAUAAAAUUGCAAGAGAAAGGUAUGUAAGUUGUGCUAAGAAAGCUGGAGUACCAGCACGAUGUUUUAUAUUUAAUGUAUCUAUUGAACAAGCGAAACACAACGAAAGGUUCCGAGAAAUAACAGAUAAAUCACAUAAAGCAAUAAAUGACAUGAUUAUGAACUCAUUUAAAUCCAAGUUAAUCCCUCCAGAGGCCAGUGAAGGAUUCAGUGAAAUUCUCCGUGUGAACUUUGUACCCAGAUUUGAUAAUCCUGAUCAUGCAAGACUUUAUCGUCAAUUUUUGAUGGAAAAAUGACAACAAUUUUCUCUAGCACAUCAUCACCAGAAGAUAAUAAUGAUAAUGUUCACUCUAUGCGAAACUUUGAGAGCCUGUACGUAAAAAUAUUGAAUCAAGAGAAUUUUUGUCUGUGCUCAUGAUACAAGAAAGUUAAAUCUAUAAAAAAUGUGUGAAAUUUCUUAGUGAUGUUUAUACACCAAUGUGUGUAAUGUCGUCAGUCGGUCAUUCUUUCUGUCAACAUUUGGCUUGUGAACACAAUAGAGUAUACAGUUUUUAUACGCCCACAUUGAAAUGGGGUAUAAUAUUGUCGUUGCCUCCGUCCAAAGGCCUGGCGUCCACAAGCAAUUUCCGAUAAUUACUGCCAGAUUUAUGGCCCUUGAUCACUUUGAAAAAUCUUGUGCACGCUCUAGAGGCUAAAGUUAAUAUCCAAUUUACUUUAAAUUUAUACACAGUGAUUAAGGUCAUAAGACUUUGAAGAACCCUAUUGAUUUUCAACGAUUUCCGAUAAUUACUGCCAGAGUCAUGGCCCUUGACCCCUUUGAAAAAUAUUGUGGACACUUUAGAGGCUAAAGUUACUAUCCGAUUGACUCUUUAAGGUCAUCGGACGAAGAUUCCUAAUUGAUUUUCACCGAUUUCCAAUAAUUACUGCCAGACUUAUGGCCCUUGUUGACACUUUAAAGGCUAAUGUUAAUAUCCGGAUGACUUUGAAUUUAUUCUCAGUGUUUAACCCAUUUUUGACGAGUGCGAAUCAGUUCACACCUGUCAUUUGGCGGUAGUGAAUCAACUCGCGGACCCAUCAUACCUGGCAACGGCAUUAGCGAACAAAAGCGCCAGAUCAAUCAACUGAUUUCUAUUGUUUUUAUUUCAUAAAUUAAUGGUGAUUGUGUAAAAGAAAUAAAACAUCCAAUGAAAAGGAAUGUUAUAUUCGCUAAUUAUCGAAUAAAAAACAUGCAGUUCAACAAAGGAUCUUCCGGUAUUUACGUAAUAGGUCAAAGGUGAAAAUUCACACUGUGUCAAUGACUUUGGCCUUAUUCCAAUAUUUUCACUUGUCACUUAUGACUAAUAAUUUUAUGAUAUGGAGAGUGAAAUGGAAUUAAAAUUUUUUGAUUUACUGCCAGGCAUAUCGUGGAAUAGGAUAAUGUCGAAGAAAUCAACUAGGGCUAAUAAUUUUAUGAUAUUGAAAGUGAAAUGGAAUCAGAUUUUUUAUGAUUUACUGCCAGGCAUAUCGUGGAAUAUGAUAAUGUGUGGAAGAAAUCAACUAUUUAUAUAUUUUUUUUUUUUUUUUUUUUUACUUAUAAUACGAGGAAUACAUAUACUCUAGCCGAGACAGACGAUACCACAAAACUUAUUGAUGAUAAUUCUAGACUUUGGAAAGCUAAAUUGAAUCAAAUCUUUUAGGAUUAAGUACAAGCUUCAUAGAGGAAUAUUACAUUGUCGAAGAAUUCAACUAUAUAUUUUUAUUUUCGAUGCAAUGAAGCAAAGAAGACGACAAUUUCGCCAUAUAUCUGAAAGUCAGAAAUGUCAAAUGCCGAUAGUGAUGAAGUGAUGUUCAUUUGGGAGGAUAUUUCAUUUUAAAAGUUAUAUUUAUAAUUACUUUGAACACGUGAAGGAACUAUAUUUGUGUUCUAUUUAAAUUCUACUUUGUACAAUUGAAUUCUAUAUCAUUGGAAAGAACACCACAAUCUGUACAUUUUUGUAACAUAGUAUUUUUAGUUAUUUGCAAUUUUCUAGAGGGUAUUAGGAUUAACAAUAAUCCACUAAUUGGCUUAGGGAGAUGGACCCUGCUGAUUUAAUGAGCUUAGGGGUAGGGUAGCAAAUCUUUUAAUUGGCUCCAGGGUUAAAUUGGUUAAGGUCAUCAGACAAGGAAGCCUAUUGAUUUUCAAUGAUUUCUGAUUAUUACUGCCAGUUGAUCUCUUUGAAAAAUCUUGUGUUUACUCUAGCGGCUAAAAUUAAUAUCAGAUGGACUUCAAAUUUAUAUACACAGUAUUUAAGGUCAUCAGACGAAGAAGCCCUUGAUCACUUUGAAAAAUCUUGUGGAUACUUUACAGACCAUAGUUAUCAUCUGAUUGAUUUCAUAUUAAUACACCGUGUUUACGCCUAUAAUUAACCGUUGACUUUAGAUUGAUACACAGAGUUUAAGGUCUUGAGACGAACAAGAAUAUUGAUUUUCAAUGAUUUUUGAUAACUUGAACAGCUAGAUCCCUGAUAUUAAAUGUUUUAUAUACUAAACAUUAGCAUUGGCUAAACAAAUGAUUUUCUGAUAAUUACUUAAUAAGUUGUUACUCUUAAUCAGACUUUAGUUUAUUAUAAAUGUUUCAUUACUGACAACAGUAAAAACAUGCGACUACUCUUGUUGACUGCCCGGACGAUUUAGCUGCUGUUGGUGUAUGUUUCUUUGCCUGGCAACCUAUCUUUAACAGAUUCUUUUCAACUUUGGCGUGAAGUAUUGUGGUCAUAAGAGAAUUAAUCCUAGUGAUUUUCAGCGUUCUGUGUCUUUCUGGUCCAGAGUCAUUCCCCCUUUUCUGAAAACCUUUUAAAUGCAACAGAGGUUGUAGUUUUUAACAGAUGUUUUUCAAAUUAGGUAGAAAGCAUUGGGGUCAUGGGAGGACAAACCCAAUCGAUAUUCAAUGUUCCUCUACCUUCCAUACCAGAAAUAUUCCCGCUUUGAAGAAAACCUUGUAAAUGCAACUUUUGGUUCCAGAGUUAUCACCCUUUCCCGAAAUAUCAAAUUUUGUCAAAAAGUUUUCAUUUCGUACAAACUGCUGUCGAGACAUUGCUGCUGUGUGUGUAGGCAUAUUACCUCACUUUGCAUGGCUAUCUUGAUUCCUGUAAUUCAACAAAAGCAAAUUAAUUUUUAUUUGAAGAUUAAUAACUAAUAGUUUUAUAUGAAGACCGAUUUUGUUCAUGCUUUCCAUAGUAGAAGAAUGUAAAAGCAAGAUUUUAUUGUUACAUUCAGUGUGGUCUUGUGAAUUAUAACUUAUCAUUCCACUCAUAUUAAUUAAUAUCUAAAAGAAUUAGGCCUGAUCACUGGGUUUUCUACCGGUACCUUGUAUGGUACCUGGAAUUUAUACGGAGUAAGAGCGCAAUUCACAAACCAUCCCGAGAUCAUCUCCUUUCGCCAUGUGACUUAUUUUCACUAAGGCAGCUUACUGAACCUUUUAGGAAUAAUCAGCAAGCCUGUUUUGUUUUUUUACCGGAUUAUCAAAAUUACAGUUAAAUGUGCUAAAUGCGCUAAUUGCUCGGAUUAUGAACCACAUGGCCGAUUCUCACUAAGGAAUGACUGUUGUAGCCAACAAGCAAGUUGAUUGACUUUUCAAUCAACAAGUUAUAAUUAACCCGUUGUAAUUUACCUGAAAGUAGAUUGAUUUAUGAUAUCAUAGUGGCCGGUUCAUUGUUUUACCAAUCGGCUAGAUUAAACCAAUGUCCAAUUAAGAACAGUGGUCCUGCCCCAUUCUGAUAUUAGAAUAGCUUAGAAUAGAAAUGAGCAAGCUGAUAACCUAAAUGAACAAACUUGGUCCUAUUUUAUAUAUUUAAAGAAAUGGUGAUCAGUAACGAAAGAGGUAUGAUUUGUAACAAUAUAAAAAAUUCAAGCAUUGUCAUGUUUUGCAGUAUUCAUCCAGAAGUAGUAAUCCCCAACGGAGCCAUGGCGGCUAACUGAGUAAGAUGCUGGCUCACUUACCAGAAGUUCCUGGGUUCGACCCCUGUCUUGGCCGAGAAAGUUUCUAAGGAUUUUUUUAGCUUUGUUCCCCCCCACCCCCCUUGUCAACAGGUGCAGGACAGAGAGUCUGGCAAGGAUCGUUGUCUAGCCAUUCAGAUUGGACGAAAACCAAGGUCCUGUGUCCAUGUUGGCGAGCAUGUAAAAGAACCCUUGACAGUAGGCAAGAACAAUACUGUCCGGAUAAAAUUGCCCUAUUAGCACAUUGCAUGGCAUAUUCCUGUCUUCAUUAGCCUGGUUGGCACUAGGACUUUAACCCCAUUUCAUUUAUAAUAGCCUUGUCAAGUUUGUUGGUUGGAGAUUACUACCUGUGGAUUAUGUUUAAAGGAUUAUUUAUAUUUUUCUUUUUCACCAACUGUAUCUCGGAGAUCUAAUCUUGAUCACAGUCUCAGAUGUUAGAUGUUACAGUAUACGAUAUUGUAUUAUAUAAAUGUUACAGUGUUCCAUAUUUUUGUAUUAUAUAAAUCAUCAUUUCAUUGUAAAUAAAGCAAAUCACUUUCUAGUAUA